AUGUCAAUUGAAUCCAUUGGAAAGGCUAAUUAUGGGCCACCACGGCGUCUUUUAAGUGAUAAUGAAAUAUUUCUAUUAGAAAAGCUUGAUAUACUAGAAAACAGGCAUAAAGAGAAGGAGAAUAUUGAUACGGAGAAGAAAGAAGACUUUGAAGGUGCAGAAAGUUCGUAUAUUGAAUCUAAAGACGAAACAUUAGAAGAAAAUGAUGCACAACUUCGUAAUACAUUUUCUCGUGCAGAAUUAUUAGCAGGACAAUUAACAUGUGGAGGAGAUGAAUAUGUAGAUAUAGAAGUUGAUGUAUUGGGAGAACAAAAGGUAGAUCGUAACGGAUAUUUGAAAGGUGGACGUAAAUAUAAUGGUAAAACUUUUCAAGUAAUUGGCCAUGGAAAACGAUUAUUUAUGUUGGGAACAGAAGUAGCGAAGAUUACCGGCCACAGAGAUUCAUAUCUUCUCUUUUUAAAGAAUAAAACACUUCGAAAAAUUAUGGCAUCACAGGAAGAAAAAGAUGAUCUAAUUAUAAAGGAAAUCAUUCCAUAUUCUUAUCGAUCAAGACAAAUUGCAAUUGUGACUGCUCGAAGCGUAUUUAGGCGUUUUGGUAGUCGUAUAAUUGUUUCAGGAAAGCGAGGAGAAGAUGAUUAUUUCGAGCAAUUGGCAAAAGAUGCUGGUAUACCUGUCGAAAAAUAUUUGGAAGAUAGUGAUCGACAUAAAUACACAACUUUACUGCCUCCAUCAAUCCCUGUGGCAAAAAACGAUGAUAAACAUACUGAAACAUUACCAUAUAAAUCAUCUUUUCUAUUCAAUUCUUUUUAUAAUAUAAAUAAUACACCUCCUUCGAUCUUCAAUAUUGUUCAACAUGCAAAAUCUGCUGUGGAAUUUAAUAAACAAAUAACUAUUCAAAGAAAAGAGAGAGAGUAUUGUCUUCAUAAGCAUUUUUACAAGCGUUAA